UACCCGGAAGUGCGUGUUUGAUGACGAAGAAAGGGGCUUGCGGCCUGUGGAUGGAAUUUGAAGCCCAGAGUAUGAGCCCGGAACGAGUGUUACCCGAACCCGAGGCUGAGGCCGAGGGGCAGGGCCACGGUAGCGGGUUGGGUCCGGCGGCGUGGAGCAGUGAGGAAGAGGAGGAGGACGAGGAUGAGGAGUUGGCGGGGUCUAUUCCUGAGGAAGAGCCCGGACCCGUCGCCGGUUACCGGUACCUACCCCUGGAGCAGGAACCCGGGGUCGCUCUCGGGCAUCCCGAGCCCGACAUCGAGGAGCGGCUGCAGGAAUUGCGUCUUUACUUGCCCGAGGCACCAGUUGACAGCGAGGAGGACGAGCCUCCAGAACACAGCAGUCAGCACUCUAUUCCCAUGGACCCAGAACAUGUGGAAUUGGUGAAGAGGACCAUGGCUGCAAUCAAAUUUCCCAGCUUAGGCGUUCCAGCUUGGGCCCAGGAAAUCUCGGAUGAGCAGUGGCAGUCUGUUGUCCGACAAACAAUAGAGAACAGGCGGUCAGUGGUGGCAGCUAAAGAGUAACCCAUGCCCAGUCAAUGCCCUCUUCUCCAUCCCUGCAUCACAACUGUAAAAUGGAAAUGGACCGUGCUGGGGGAAGUUAGGGGAGUAUACCAGCCUAGGGGCUGGUUGCAAUGUUCUCUGGCUUUUGGGACCCAAGGAGUUUUGUGAAGCUUUGUGGUUGAAUUUACUCCCAGGGAGUUCUGAGGUGCAGAAACUGCCUCAGGCCCCACCCUUUCAAGAAUAUGGAAUCCAAUUUCAUCAAUCCUCUGCCAUUAAGUUCAUGGAGGUCUGCAUUUCUGUUAUGGAGACACCGCCAAUGAUUAGCAAGAACACAGCUAAGGGGUCCCGAUGAGGGAUUCACACUCACUCAAUGCAUGCUCCUUGCAUGGUUAAAGAACAGCCACAAACUUCUCCUUUAAGAGACCCAGUUUAUUUUUCUUCUGUACAUAGAUGAACAUCUGUACAAAAUGACAUUUCAAUACUAUGUAAUGCUCUACCUAAAAUAAAGUACAACAUAUGUACAAA